AGCGGCGCAUUCCGUUAGAUUCAAAGUUUGGUUAACAGCUAUACCCAAACGGCUGGAGAUUGGCGUAUUGUCAAAAUGUCUAACGACAAAAGUCCACUGUCUUUUGUAUGAUUGAACCAAAUCAAUGGAUAUUGGAGAGCAGGACCUGAGGGUCCGUUGUUCUGAUCGGGAUCGAAUAAAAUUACAGACUGGCUCCUCGGGCCAUGGUAAUGUUGAAGGAGACGUUAGUGGCGGCUUGCGGCGGGACUUGGAGCUGCUGGGAGCGGGAGCCAAGGAAUCUGCGUUUCCAGCACGAACGUUAGUCAGGCAAAACAUGAAACAUUUAUCGAACGAAUUCCAAGGCUUGUAUGAGGAAAAAUUGACACAGCUAGAAAAUAAAGAUGAAAGUAAAGGUACUCUAAAGAUGAAGUUAAGGAUUCUUCAGUCCUAUGUAAAUGAUCUUAGUGACCAGAAUGAAGUAUUGGUUCAAGCCGUUGAAGACCUUGAGAGAGAAGCAAAUGAAAAGGUUACAAAUAUGGAUACUAAACUUCAGAGAGCUGACCAAACACUAUACGAACAACAGUUGAAAUGGGAAGCUUCUAAGAAAGAGACUGAUCAUCUACGCAGAGAAAACCUGGACAUUAAAGUGGAUCUCAGAACCCUGGUUGGUGCCAUCCAACAAACUGAAAUAAUGCAGAGCUUUGAUUUUUCUUCCCUUAACUUGAGGAGUACUCCAUUGGAGCAAGUUGCAAAAUCAGCACUUCAUAGUUCAAUCAGAGAGAAAUCAGAGGAGAUUUUGAAGCCCCACUUGAAAAGCUUAAAAUCCCAGUUGGUAGCCGGAGAUCAAUUGGCUCAAAGGCUUCCUGAGGAACUAAAGGAAGUGUUGUGUGACAGUGGAAGAAAUAAGGCCGAGCUUGAAGCAAAGGAACACAGGAUUCAUUAUCUUCAAAAAGAGCAGCCAAACAAGAAGACAGAAGCUCAUGGUAGGACAGCUCAGCAAGAACAGAAUGAACUGGAUGUUGAUUGCAAGUCACUUCAGCCGGCACAACAUAAGGUUCAAAAGAAGAAAGUCACCAUUAUUGACCUGAAAGAUCAAAUGAAACAACUUCAGCAGCAAUACAAUGAAUCGGUGGAGGACAAUGGACGCUUACGAGCCCGACUUGAAGCUUGGAUUAUCACUGCGCAAAGUGAACAAGAUAUCCUUUCAAAUGAGGUCUUUUGUAAAGAAGACAUAAUCCAUAAACUAAGAAUGAAACAAUUAGCUCAAGAGGAAAAAUGUAAUAUAGCAGAAGAACAGAUCCAGCAUCAAGAGAAGCUGCUGGACCAACAACAUCAGAAAUACAUGGCUUCAGUUAACAUAGUUGAAAAGCAUCAGCAGAUGAUUCAUUCUUUAGAAGAGGACCUUCAAACUGCCAUGAUUGCAGAAAGGGAAAUGGCUACUCAGGUGGCUCAGUGUGAAGAAACCAUUAAACAUUUGCGAAUUGAAUUAUCUUCAACACAUUCAGCACAAGAAUUGAACAAUAGGACCAUUACACAUAAAAAGCAGAUUAUUAGUGAGCUGCAGGAAGAAAAUAAUUCACUGAAGCAGAAAUUGAAAGAAACAUUAUGCAAGGUAAACGAUAGUGAAGAACAAGUUAGCACUCUGGAUCUGGAAGUAAAUAUGCUGAAGAUGAGAUUGGUGGAAAAGACAGAUCUGGCUCAAAACUUGGAAGAUCAAAUUCUGAAACAGCAUGAGUCCUUAAACAGAGCAAAUGAAACUCUCAGAGAUACAAAGAAGGCAGCUGGAAAUAAGAUUCAUCAGAAAGAAAACAAAUUGUGUGUUUUGCAAAAAGAGCUAGUGGAGGCCCAAACACAAUACUCUGCCUGUUAUGAGGAGUUGCUCCACAGAGAAAAGCUCAUGCAGAAGCUACAAGAAGAAGCUAUGAAGUUGACAGACCAAAUAACACAGCAUUCGCAGGAUGUCAGCAAGCUCAGCACUGAGAAGCAGGAAAUAGAACUAGAGAUGGCAGUAAUUACUGAGAAACAUAGAACUGCUCAACAAGAGAUCAAUCUAUUCCCAUAA